UGGUUAUGGUAUACCACUAUUAUAUCUUUUAAACAUUUGUAUCACUUAAGUUGUCUUUUUAAAUGUUACUAUAUUUGUUCUUGCAGGAUAUUUAAUGGAGCCCUGAAUGGCUAAUAUGGUCCCUAAUGUUUGCAUUUUUGCAGCCCUUUUGUUUGUUUCUUUAAUUCGGUAGGCGUGACUUGAAGAUUGGUUGUAAGAGUUGGCAUUACGAAGGAAGGUAAGUCGGUGGACGAAGUCAUUGGGCUAUGUAUAAUGCUUUUUGAGGUCAACUGCACCAACAUCAUCGACAGUGGAGGUCAUGGAGCACACCAAGGUCAUCAAUGGUUUUGGAGUACAAGAGAUUGAUCGAGAGGAGCCGGUGAACUUGUGAUUUACGCCAUCGAAAAUGACGAGAAUGGAUGAUUUGGAGGCUAGAGUUGCAUCGAUGGAAGAAGCGUUUGAAAACAGAGUUUCGACACUGGAGGAAACGUUUCGUCAAAUGUUUGCUGAAUUUCGUUACAAGUUGGCGGAGGAGUUUGCAAAAAGUUGAUGUGAACCUGAAAAAACAACGUUGUCAUUCUCUGUUGAGGAGACAGUGUCGGAGUAUAGGAUAGCUGUGAAGAAAGUAGAAUUACCAUCGUUUGACGGUGAAGACCCUGUGGGAUGGAUCAAACGAGCAGAGACAUAUUUGAAGUGCAAGGUACGACGGAAGAGGUGAAGGUGAGAUUAGCCAAGUUGAGCAUGGAAGGUACGACAAUCCACUGGUUUACUCUCUGGAGGGAGACAGAGGACGAAUUGUCACGGUUGAAGUUGAAACAAGCCUUGAUUGAGAGAUAUGGAGGACGACAAUGUGAUAAUCCCUUCGAAGAAUUGAAAGAUCUACAACAAAAAGGGACUGUGGAGGAGUACAUUGCAGAUUUUGAGUAUGUGUCAUCACAAGUUGGAAGAUUACUGGAAGAUCAAUAUCUCAGAUAUUUUAUGGGAGGACAACGACCAGAAUUACGGUUGCGAGUUCGAACAUUUUGUCCGCGUAACAGAGUGCAAGCGAUGAAGUUGGCUAGGUAUGUUGAAACUGAAUUGAGGAGUUCAGUGUUGCCAAGGGAGCCCAAGUAUGGUGCUGGCCCAAAUACUUGGAAGGGGGGUAAGGAUUGGAACGUUGGUCCUAAUCUUAAGUUGGGUCAUGGGUCAGCUUCUAACCCAUCAGUUAAUUCAAACCGGGUCGGAUCUCACACACCCAACCCAUCUAGCCCGAGUAAUUUCAGAAGAGGAUCUUCCAAUAAUAGCAGCCAAAUCUCGAAUGUGAUGAACAACGGUGACGAACGGUCGCAAAGUUGUGGAGUCAAACACCUCCCUUACUCUGAAUUGAUGGACCGUAAGGCCAAAAUUUUGGAUCAGGUCCUUGUAAGCUUCAGAAGUUUGGCUUAAGGUAUUUUGGACCUUUUCCGAUUGUUAGCCGCAUUGGUGCUGUGGCUUACAAGGUUCAACUUCCUCCAGAGGCGAAGAUUCACCCCGUCUUUCAUGUUUCACAUUUGAAACCGUUUCAUGGUUCACAGCAAGGAAGGACUCUAGUGUAUAUAUGUGAGGGAAUCAAUUCUGUUAGAGCAGAUCCGGAUAUUAAGGAAGGAAAGGGCCAACGAGUCAAGCAUGUCAACGUGAGAAUGAGGGGCAAGGCAAUAUAGCUAAAUGAAGAGCCCAUUCAAGAGAGUUCAACAAAAUUGUACUAAUUAAGCAUAAUGAUAGCAUCAGCAGGUUUUCCACCUCCUGGUCCUGCAGCAGCAGCAGGUACUAAACACAAGCAUAAGAAGAGCAGGAAGAAGCUAGCUAGCUUGGAACAUUGGCGGGAAUACUUUUCGGUUUUGUGUCUUGGCAGCUGUUUAAGUUGGCUUCAACUUUGAUUAAAGGAAAAGGAAAUUAAAGGUACACAGGCAAUGGCUCAUGCCUAGUAAUGAGUUCCAAAUCUCUUAUUUACACUUCUAUAAGCUUUAAGUGGUCUUUUAACUUUCUUUAUUUUACCUAAUUUUAAGUCUUAAGUGGACAAAAGAGAGUAUGAAAUAAUCUUUUCUUGUAUUUUUCAGUGUAACUUAAGUGUCUCGUUCUUUAUGUGUUUUAUUUUAAUAUGUACUAGCAAAUAUAAAUUAGAGUUUAUGUAUUCUUUGUGCUCUAUUAUGGAUAAUAAUAUGAUAAUUAUUGACUUGU